AUGACGCAGCAGAAACCCGUCGCGUCGCGGACCGCCCUCGCCCUGACAGGCCCGGCCCCCGAGCGCGGGAGAUACCUCCGGAUCACCAUGUACAUCCGGAAGCUGCCCGGCAUCACGGACGACUACUUCCACGCGUACUGGGCCAACAAUCACAGACAGGCGGCGCUGGCGAACAGCACCUUUGCCGCCAAGAUCCGGCGGUACAGUCAGUACCACAUCACACCCGAGCUCCGGGAGCAGGCGGCGCGCCUCGGCGGUACGGUGCUCGACUUCGACGGGGCGGCCGAGUUCUGGGUCGAGUCGCUGGAGGACUGGGAGGCCAUCUGGGGGGAUCCCGAGUUCGUGCGCAUCUUAUCGGCCGACAUGGCCAACUUUGUGCUUGAGCCGUUGCAUGUCACGCUGGGAUACGACUAUUUGGUGGUUGGGAACGAUUGGGAGGCUGCGCCGGCGGCGUGA